ACCGACAAUGUUAAAUUGGUUAAACUUGGAAUGAGUCUUUAUUUUCUGCCCCACUCUCUCUGUUCCCUCUUUCUACAAAAAUAGGGAAACCUAAGAAUAAAAUUGAAUUUUCAGCGAUCUAGGGGUAUAAUAUGACGACCGCAGCCAGACCCACAUGGGCACCUGCCAAAGGAGGGAAUGAACAAGGGGGAACUCGAAUUUUCGGUCCAUCCCAAAAGUAUUCUUCCAGGGAUAUUGCCUCUCACACUACCUUGAAACCUAGAAAGGAAGGACAAGACACACAAGAUGAGCUGCAGAGGAGGAACCUUAGAGAUGAAUUGGAGGAGCGGGAGAGGAGACAUUUUUCAUCCAGGGAGGACAGAGAUCGCAGAAAAGGAGGUCACCUUCUUCUAGAAGGUUCUAAGAGAGAAGUUGAAGAUCGUAUUGUUCCACGUAAUGUGGAUGCAGAUGAUGCCGAUGUAGAUGUCAAAAGUGAUGAUAGUGAGGACGACGAUGAUGACGAUGAAGAUGAUGAUGAAGAAGCACUUUUGGCUGAACUUGAACUUAUAAGGAAGGAAAAAGCUGAGCAGAAACUACGGGAAGAACGAGAGAAGCAAGAAGAAGAGCUGCAAGCCAAAGAGGCAGAAUUGUUGCGUGGAAAUCCUCUGCUUAAUAACCCAACUUCCUUUAGUGUAAAGAGAAGGUGGGACGAUGAUGUGGUUUUCAAGAACCAGGCCCGUGGCGAGACCAAGAUUGCAAAACGCUUUAUCAAUGAUACCAUCAGAAAUGAUUUCCAUAGGAAAUUCCUCCAAAAGUACAUGAAAUAACAUGACUAUUUGAGUAAGAUACUAAGAAACCAAGAGAUGUGAGCAUAAGAUGUAAUGAACAGAAGUCUGAUUGUUGUUUCCUUGCAGAAAAGUUUGAGGUUUAAUGUUCAUUUAGUUGGAUUGUCUCUGUUCGGUAUGAUAGAUUGUUGUGUAAACGUACAAUUGAUUUUCACAACAUUGUACUCCAUCUUUCUUCCUUGAAAACAUUUGAUCUAUUACAACA